AUGGCAGGACGUCAGCCUUCCUGCACCAACACCAAGGGAAGGUCCGGCCUGUCCUUGGGACACAGUGAAUCCAGCAAGCUAAAGCUCACAGAGCAGACACCGCUGGUCAGCUUGGGCACCAGGCAGUUCCGAGUGACUGAAAUCAGGCUGCUUAGUAAUGGAACCGGUAGCUCGCACUCCGUAGCCAAAUCUCGAACACAUCAGACGCCAACACAGAUGGAGGCAGGACCUGUGGCUGCUCAGUCAGUCCUGCCUCUGGCUACCACGGAGCUCCUGCGCCCCUGCUCUGUUUCAGGCCUUGUGGCCGGAGAUGUUAGAGAAGUGUUUCAGCGCCGGGAAGAUGGCUCCGUAAACUUCUUCCGGGGCUGGGAGGCCUACCGGGAGGGCUUCGGCAAGCUCACCGGGGAGCACUGGCUAGGGCUCAAGCGGAUCCACGCCCUGACCACACAGGGAGCCUACGAGCUGCACGUGGACCUGGAAGAUUUUGAGAACGGAACCGCCUACGCCCACUAUGGGAGUUUUGGUGUGGGCUUGUUCUCUGUGGACCCCGAGGAGGAUGGGUACCCGCUCACUGUGGCUGACUAUUCCGGCACAGCAGGUGACUCCCUUCUGAAGCACAGUGGCAUGAAGUUUACCACCAAGGACCGGGACAGCGACCACUCGGAGAACAACUGUGCUGCCUUCUACCGUGGCGCCUGGUGGUACCGCAACUGUCACACGUCUAACCUCAACGGGCAGUACCUGCGUGGCACGCACGCCUCCUACGCUGAUGGCAUCGAGUGGUCCUCCUGGACCGGCUGGCAGUACUCGCUCAAGUUCGCAGAGAUGAAGAUCAGGCCGGCCCGAGAGGACCACUAG